GUCAAGGGGUCUGGUGUCCAAAAUUGAUUGAAAAAAGGGCGCUAAAAAGAUAUCACCUAACUUCGCUAAAGUUUAGCUGACUCAUCCAGGUUUCAACUACAAACAAGUUACGGUUCGAAUUCGGUUGGGGACGAGAUUAGAGUUUGAUUUUUAUCUACGCCUUAAUUUCUUGCAAGUCUACCGAAUUGGUACUGAUAUGAUGAUAACGAAUAUACUGAUCAAAAUAAUUUUAACCCGGAAUUUUGAUAGCAUGAAAAUGCUUGGAUGAAAUAAAACUCACCUUAUAUGCAUAUCUUUAAUACCCAAACGAUUCUCGUCGUAUUCAUUCAUCUAAGAGAUAUUUUAUGAAAUCGUUCGAGGUGUCGUCCGGUGUCGUCAUAUCAAUCACCAGAACUUAAGCUGCGACAUCUCUCACCUAGAGCAGCUAAUUCCCAUCAAAUAAAUAAUGGACGGUCUCGACGAAUUUGAAAAAUCCCUCGCUGCAGAAAAAGCCGAGAGGGAACGCGGAGACGAAAAAAGACAUAAGAAGCACAGACAUCACCGACGAGAUCGAUCAUCCGAACGCGACCGCGAUAGUCACCGCCAUAGCCACCGUAGGUCGCACGAUCGUCACGAGGAAGAAGACGACGACGGCCAUCGACACAAGCGAUCGCGUCACUCUAAAGAUGAUGAGCGUCACCACAGACGCGAACAUCAUAAAGAUGACAAUCGCGAUUCGGACAGACGAGAUCGCCACGUGAAAGUCUCGGACGCGAAAGAAGAUCUACCACUACCUGAUGAGGAGCUAGCUACAGAAGACUAUAAGAAACCGGAAGAAGCUACUUCAAGUCUGGUUCGAGAUUCUUGGAUGACGGCGCCGUCUGCGUUGGACAUUGAUUAUACUCAGAAAGGCUCGAAACUUUCUAAACCUCCACCACCGCCCAGUCAGGCGCCACAAAGGGAAAUUCACAAGAGAGAGAUCAAUGCGAUACAUCUACAGGAAUUGAACAGCGGGAAGUCCGUAGAGGAUCUUGAGCUACCAGCACAGCACGAAGUCGACUACACAUUCGGCGAUGGCGGGUCGCAGUGGAGGAUGACCAAAUUAAAUGGUGUCUAUAAUACAGCCGAACAGACUGGAAGGUCUGUGGAUGAAGUGGCAUUAGAACGGUAUGGUAACCUGCGAGACUUUGAUGAUGCGCGCGAGGAGAAAAUCGAGGUAGACCGACGCAAGGUCUAUGGCGAUGGUUAUGUCGGCAAGGAGAAACCCAGCGGUGAAUUGUUUCAGGAGAGGAAGUUGGGUCAGGGUGUUCACGAGAAACGAGAAACCUCGCCGGCGCCGACGAGCCUCGACCAAGGCAUAGUUAUUCCUGAUGAUGCAUCGACUCACAUAUCUACCCAAAUCGACCAGACUACACUUAACCGGCUUAAAGCACAGAUGAUGAAAGCAAAGCUGAAAAAGGCACCAGAUGCUGCUAAGCUGGAAGCCGAGUACAACCAGGCCGCCGCAGCAUUCGCAUCAAAGGGUCCAGAAGCAGUUGUUCUUGGUGUCAUGGAGAAUCGCAUGUUAGCAGGAACACGCGGCGAGGCCAAAGCUAUCGAAACUAAGCGAGGCCGCGAGAGAGGGAAUGUAGAGCAAAACGACGACAUGACAAUAGAGGAUAUGAUCCGGGAGGAGCGGCGAACACGAGGACAGGCAGGAGGAGAAGGGUUACGAUUAGCUGAACGAAUUGCCAAGGAUGUUAAAUUCGACGAUGAUCUUGAAUACAUGGACGAAAAUGCCGAGAAGCUGGCCAAGCGCGUGCAGAAAUCCGAGAUCAACCUCAAGAACCAGGCCGUCGGCGAGUUUCAGAGGGUCAACAAAAUCCUAGAUAACUGCCAACUCUGCCAUCACGAGGAUCGCAAUCAGCCACCCAUUGCGCCUAUAGUCUCGUUGGCUACGCGGGUCUAUCUAACACUGUCUACGGAGCCGGAGCUGGGCGAGGGGGGUGCCGUUAUCGUUCCCAUCCAGCACCGGACUAAUCUGUUAGAGUGUGACGAUGACGAAUGGGAAGAAAUCCGCAACUUUAUGAAGUGUCUAACGCGGAUGUACCACGAACAGGGCCGUGAGGUGAUAUUCUACGAAAAUGCGGCAGCGCCUCACAGACACAUGCAUGCCGCCAUGCAAGCCGUUCCUAUACCGUACGAUUUAGGAGAUACCGCGCCGGCUUUUUUCAAGGAGGCGAUGCUCACGACGGACGAGGAGUGGGCGCAGCACAAGAAGAUUAUCGAUACGGGAAAGCGAGCUCGAGAGGGGUUGGGAAAGCUAGCGUUCAGGAGGUCUAUUGCUAAAGAAAUGCCAUAUUUCCACGCAUGGUUUACUUUGGACGGAGGAUUGGGUCACGUAGUGGAAGAUUCUAACAGGUGGCCUAGGGGUGAUCUAUUCGCAAGGGAGAUCCUGGGUGGUAUGUUAGACGCGGAGCCGGAUGUGAUCAAGAAGCAGGGACGAUGGCACAAGUCUGACAACAGGGUAGAGGGGUUUAGAAAGCGCUGGAAGAAGUUUGACUGGACCAGAGUGUUGACUGACGGAUGAGAUUGUGAGGUUGUCUAUCAAAUGGGACAAAUGAUGGCAAAACUUGGAUGAUAUCCGUCAUAAAACAGAAUUAGACAUUGAGGAUUAAACUGUUAGGAUUAAACUGUUAGGAUUAAACUGUU